UCCAAAGAGCCAGGAACUCCAGCUGAUCAUCCUCCUGCUCUCAAAAUGAUGCUGACAGAGGUGGUGUUGGCCUUUGCUCUGCUUGCACACUCUUCCUUCUGUGCACCGACAACUCCCCCGCACUUUACAUUUCCUGGGGAGCAAACAAUGAUGGAUAUUGACAUGGCAAUGAACUACCUGCAGAGAUUUGGCUAUGUGAAUUUAAAAGGGAAGAGCAAUUCCUUGAUUAGUCUAAAAUCUGCCAUCACAACUAUGCAAAAGAAAUUAAGUUUGCCCAAAACAGGAGUAUUUGAUACAGAAACGCUCAAUGCCAUGAAACGGCCACGCUGUGGAGUCCCUGAUGUCCUUAGUUACAAGACAUUCGAUGAUGAAAAGUGGGAUCACACUAAUUUAACCUACAGAAUAGUAUUCUAUACACCUGACCUGGAUCCAGCAGUUGUUGACGAUGCAAUCGCCCGUGCUUUUAAACUAUGGAGUGAUAUCACUCCAUUGACGUUCACUAGAAUUUAUAGUGGAGAAGCAGACAUCAUGAUUUCAUUUGGCAGAAAAUGGCAUGGAGACCCAUAUCCAUUUGAUGGAAAAGAUGGUCUAUUGGCACAUGCCUACCCACCUGGAAAGGAUAUAUAUGGCGAUCUGCAUGGUGAUGCCCAUUUUGAUGAUGAUGAGCUCUGGACCUUGGGAAAAGGAGCAGCGGUUAAAACUCAUUACGGAAAUGCCAAUGGGGAUUUCUGCCACUUUCCAUUCACGUUUGAUGGUAAGACAUACAAGGCCUGCACUACAGAAGGAAGAUCGGACGGGUAUCUCUGGUGCGCCACAACCCCAGACUACGACAGAGACCAGAAGUAUGGAUUCUGCCCACAAGGAUUGCUCUACACCUUUGGUGGGAAUAGUUACAGUGCACCUUGUGUGUUCCCCUUUGUAUUCGAUGGCAAGAGUUACGAUCAGUGCACGUCGGAUGGUCGUAGUGAUGGUCUCAAAUGGUGCUCAACCACCAGCAACUAUGAGGUGGAUAGAAAGUAUGGCUUCUGUCCGAAUCCAGCUGACGCUGUGGUGGGUGGAAAUUCUGAUGGCGAUAGGUGUGUAUUUCCCUUCAAAUUUUUUGGCAAAACGUACAGUGAGUGCACCACGGACGGCCGAUCGGAUGGGAAGCUCUGGUGUGCAACCACCAGCAACUUCAAUGAGGACAAGAAGUGGGGCUUCUGCCCAAAUGCUGGAUACAGCCUGUUUUUGGUGGCAGCUCAUGAGUUUGGACAUUCUCUCGGAUUGGAUCAUUCAUCUGUCAAAGAUGCCCUGAUGUACCCGAUGUACAAGUACAUAGAGAACUUCGAAUUGUCAAGGGAUGAUGUUGCGGGAAUACAGCAUCUAUAUGGAGCUAAAGAAGAUUCUACACCCACGUCUACAAUGGCACCAGGUGCAACAACAGAAGAACCAAGUGCAACAACAGUCACACUAGUUUCAACAGAUGUGCCCCCCACGACUACUGCUGAGCCCUCCACAGACAUCUGUAGUAUUGACAUAUAUGAUGCCAUUGCAAGUAUAAAGGAUACACUCCAUUUCUUCAAGAACGGGUAUGUCUGGAAACUUGCAGCAAAAAAGAAACUUAUCAAAGGACCAAUUCCAAUUGCAAAGUUGUGGCCAAAAGCUCCUUCCAAAAUUGAUGCUGCUUUCGAAGAUCCAUACAGCCAGGAAGUUUAUAUUUUCUCAGGGAGAAUGUACUGGGUAUUUUCUGACAGCCGGCUGCUCCACGGAUAUCCCAAAGAUAUCAGCAAACUGGGCAUUGAUGAGCAAGUGGACCAUAUUGUCGGUGGCCUCAUGAUAAAUCGAAGGAAUGUGCAGCUGAUCGGUGGGCAGAAGAUUUGGAGAUUCAACAUGGAGACACAAAGAGUGGACAGGAUCCGACAAAUUUAUGAUGAUUUCCGUCAUGUGCCUGUUGAUUCCAAUAUUGUAUUCAUGCACGAAACGAACUUCUAUUUCCUCCGUGAUCAAUUCUUCUGGAAAAUGGACAGUAACUAUCGUGUUACCUAUGUGGGAUAUUUUCAUCAUCAACUACUGAACUGCAAGCAACGUGCUUGAAUUUUGAGACAAGCAUUCCCUGGAGGGAGAUUUCUUCUGUAACUUAUUCUGUUUAUACUUGUGCCUCACAGCAAAAUCCUUGGUUUUUGUUUUGUUUCAAUUUUACUGGGUUUUCGUAAGUAGAAGAAAUUCAUGCGACUACUUAUAAGAAACAAGUAAAACUGAAAUACCAUUUGAAACAAAGGAUGAAAUCAUCACUUAAAUUAAUUUACCCUAUUUAUUCAGGUUGAGUCAGCAUGCUGGCUGGACAGCCUAAAUAUGUCUUUCUUUAUGGAAAAUGGGGAAAAGUGUAUCCUUCUAAUCACCAUAAUGAGUAUAUUUUACACAAAGGCAGAUUGUUUUAGGUUAGUUAUACUAAUUUCAGUUUUUUUUCUGCUGGGGAACAAUUUAGAUUCCCUCAGAUGUUUGGCAGUGUGAACGUCCAGCCGUUGAUCGAUAGUACAAUGCACAGGUUGCAUUGCAGUUACAGACAAGUUCUUCGUGUUUAAUUUACUAAACUAGGAACCAAAGUCACUGGACAUUAUAAUCCAUUCCCUUUCAGCGCACUUCGACUUCCUCCAUUAUCAGUACUUCUGAAAAAUGGAUAGUUUCUAUUAUUUACCCAUGUGGUAUUUAUUAACCCUUUCCUACUGAACUGCAAAGCAAAUGUUUAAGCUUUGAGACAAACAUUCCCUGGAGGAAAAGUUUUUUCUGUAAUUUAUAGUGUUUAUAUUCCUCUAUUAUAUUUUUGCAUCACAGCACAAUGCUUAUGUUUUCAUUUAGUUUCAAUUUUACUGGGUUGUCAUUGAAGUGUCAGAAAUUUCUGCAAAUGCUUUAUCAAGGGCAAAGGAUGACAAUAUGAGUAAAGUUAAAAUAUCAUUUGAAACAAAGGAUUAAAUCAUCUGUAAAAGAUAAAUUAAUUUACCCUGCUUAUUCAGAUUGAGUCAGUUUGCUGAAUUGGCAACCUAAACCUAAAGUCAGGUUUGUAGCUUUAUGUCACAGAGAUUAGAAUUAUUAUUUGUCAUCUAUAUCAAAACAUCAAAACAAGCAGUGAAAUGUGUCAUUUUGUGUCUGAGGAUGUGCUGGGGGCAGCCGAUAAGGGUUACCAUGCUUCCAGUGCCAGUGUAGCAUGCCCCCAACCUACUCAUCCUAAACUGUAGGUCUCCAGAAUGUGGCAGGAAAGGGGAGUACCCUGAGGAAACCCACACAGUCACAGGGAGAACGUACAAACUCUUUACAGACGGCGUUGGGAACCCAACCCCAGUUGGUCAUCACUGGUUCUGAAUGUGCUAACCACUACACUACUGUGCCACACAAUUUAAUUGUGAAGCAGACAUAAACUUAUAAAGACUCUGUGUAGGACAAAGUAUAAAGAAUGAUAUCUGUGAUUAUUAGUGGAAUAUACUACUAGCACCUAGUAUGUAAUGCAUCAUGAAUUCAAAUAUGCCUUCCUUCAUAAUGGUGGGGAAAAUUGAUUCUGCUAACAACCAUGAUGAGUAUGUUUUACACAAAGGCAGAUUGUUGCAUAUUACUUAAUCUUAUUUUGUGUUCUCUUCUACUGGGGACCAGUUUUGAGAGAUUUCCCUUGGAUGAUUGGCAAUGUGAACGUCCAACUGUUGAUCAAUAUUACAAUGCACAGGGUGCAUUGCAAUUACAGACAAGCUCUUUUUGUACCUCAGUGGUGUUACUCAUCAUCAAUCUGGUGAUAAUCUAUUCCCAUUAAUGAGACCAUCAAAUAGCGGGUCAUCUAAUAAAGUGAGUCAGUAUUAUACAAAACUGAAAUCUCCAUCACAGAGAACGUAGAACACCACAGCAAAGGAUAGACCCUUCAGCCCAAGAUGUUGUAUCAACCUAUAUAAACCUACUCCAUCAUCAGUCUAACCCUUCCCUCCUCCCUCCUACAGUGUCCAUAACACUCUAGUUUUCUUUUAUCCAUUUCUCUAUCUAAUAAUCCUUUAAAUAACCCCAAUGUGUCAAGUUUACCAUCACCCCUGGCCGUGCAUUCCAAGCAACUAUGCACUGUAGAAAAAUAAACUACCUCUGACAUCCCUCCUAAAUAUUCCUCCAAUCUCAUCUCAAUCGUUUCAACGUCCAUUUUCUUCAAUCAUGUUUCAGUCAUUCUAACACCUUUUCAACAACAUCUUCAGGAUCUUGGAUUGUAAAAUAUGAAAUUUUAUUAUUAUUGUUGACUCUCAGCUUAGCUCACAGGUGACAGUAUGUGGACAGGGUGAUCUGCCUCUGAACUCCUGCACAAAUCCUGAGUCCAAGGACCUUCCAAAGCAACUUGCCGUUGUUGAAAUUAUCUAAUUCAAAUUCUCAUGACUACAAAGAAGAUUCAUCUGUCAUGCUGGUUAUUUUACCUGUUGAUUGAAUUUGGAUUUUUACUUUAUUCAGAAUUACCAGUAUUUUAAAGAAAACUAAUUUUUAAUACUAGUUAAUUUAAAGUUUGAACAAUGUAACUGAAGUUAAAUUAUUCUAAUGUUGAAUGCUUUUUUAAAUAAAUAAACAGCUUGUUGAAC